AUGAGAUCAACCUACUAUGAAAAUGAAACAGUUAUCUUGGAAUUUAUGCUCCUGGGAUUUGUAAAUAUUACACAAGGAAAGAGCUUCCUUGUCAUCCUCUUUUUCACUAUAUAUAUUGUCUGCUUCUUAGGAAACUCACUCAUAAUCACUAUGGCUGUGUUCAAUCGGACUUUCCACACACCCAUGUAUUUCUUUCUUGGCAACCUCUCUUUCCUAGACAUCUGUUACAUCUCUGUGACUGUACCCAAAAUGAUAGCAGAUCUAUGUGCUGAAUCCCCACACAUUUCCUUCAUGGGCUGUGCUGCACAGAUGUAUUUCCUUGUUGCCUUGGUGGGCACUGAGGGAUUCCUUCUGGCUUCUAUGGCUCUGGACCGCUAUUUUGCCAUAUGCUGUCCAUUGGGUUAUACCAAACUCAUGAGUAAAAAUAGCUGCCUCCAGCUAGCUAUGAUAUCCUGGGUUUGUGGCUUCCUCAAUUCUUCUCUUCACACAACACUCACAUUUCAUCUGUCUUUCUGCCAAUCUAAUGGGAUUAGUCAUUUUUUCUGUGAUACUCCUCCAUUGCUGAGUAUUUCAUGCUCUGACACAUCAGCCAAUGAAGCUGCCCUUCUCACAGUGGGUGUGUUUGUAGGCCUCAGCCCUUUCUUCUUCACCCUGGUCUCCUACAUUUUCAUCCUUCAUGCCAUUUUGAACAACCACCGGAAAGGACAGCGACACAAAGUCAUAUCCACCUGUGCAUCCCACCUUACAGUUGUGAUUCUGUUCUAUGGGUCUAGCAUCUUUACAUAUGUCUGUCCUACUUCGAGCUAUUCCCUGGAACAGGACCAGCUUGUGGGGGUUCUAUACAGUAUCUUAACCCCAACUCUUAACCCUAUCAUUUACAGCCUACGGAACAAGGAAAUGAAACUGGCUAUGAGAACAUUUCUCCCAAGAGCAUCCUUCCUCAGAAGUUAG